AUGAAUUACAACGAUCUCGAUCAGCGACGUCUCAGCUAUUUGGUGUGCCUGAGCCUGGCGCUAAUCAGCGCUGUCUGUGCAAUUGAGCUGCAGCCGGAGCCGGACUAUGGACCCGCGGCAUACGAGUUCCACUGGUCCGUUCAUGAUCCGCACACGGGCGACAUCAAGAGCCAGAAGGAGACACGUAAGGACGACAAGGUCGUUGGCCAGUACACGCUGAUCGAUGCGGAUGGCUAUCUGCGCACCGUGGACUACUCCUCGGAUGAUCACAGCGGCUUCAAUGCCAUUGUCCGCCGUGAGCCCACCGACAUCAAGAUACCGCAGCCUGCGCUCGAGCCCAAGAAGCUGAUUGCCACCAAGAUACUGGCACCUCUGUCGCCUCUGGUCCACUAUGCACCCAAGGCUCUGCUGAAGGGCCCGGAACCAUCGGAGGGCAACUAUGUGUCUGUCUCGGGACCCACGGCCCAGUACAAAUACUAGAAACAUCUCAUAGCCAACAGAUCAUAUUUCGACUACAUCUCCAAUUCAUGAACUGCACGAGCCUUCCAGGAACACGUGAUACCCAUGCGUCUGGCAUUCAUUCUAUA